GUGAUUAGACAAAACACUUGACUGUCAGGAUAAAUGCGCCUACCUGUCACUUCCUGCUGUCGGUAUUUAUUCAUUUUCACUUUUUUCCCCCCUGCUGGACAUAAUUUGGCACGUCACUGCAAUGUUUAUAUGAUUUCAUCUCAUGUAUUCCGCACGGUUUGUGGACCCUGCGGACCAAACGUUCCGACCUUGGCUUCAUGUUCGCCUUAAAAGAGGAGUAUCCCCCUAGUAGAGUGCUGGGAAAACACCAACUGGGUUUAAAUGAACCACCACAUCUCGAUUGGUUUUAAUGUGGACCCAUAUUGUCGUCUGUGAUAACGCAGGAGCAGCAACCACAGCAGGAAGGGAUUCUCCUGGUGAAAGACAUGGAUGAGAGGUUAUGUGUGUCUCCCAGUUAAAGGCCUCUGUUGCCCUUUCCUGUGCAUCCCACCAGUCCAUCUGUGAGCAUGUAUCGCAGGAACGGGCUCUCAGAUGGCAACAGCAUCAAUUCAGUCACCUCAGAGGCCAGCAGCAGCUCUGAGUCUCUGGAUGGACCUUGUGUGGACUACGCCAAGAGUUACGAUGCAGUCGUCUUUGAUGUACUUAAGGUGACACCUGAGGAGUUUGCUAGCCAAAUCACGCUGAUGGAUGCACCAGUCUUUAAAGCGAUACAGCCAGAGGAGCUGGCCAGCUGUGGAUGGAAUGGGAAGGAGAAACACAGUUUGGCCCCCAAUGUGGUUGCAUUCACACGUAGGUUCAAUCAGGUGAGCUUUUGGCUGGUGAGAGAAAUUUUAACUGCGCAGACACUGAAAAUCCGAGCAGAAAUACUGAGCCAUUUUGUCAAAAUAGCAAAGAAACUGUUGGAGUUGAACAACCUUCAUUCUUUGGUGUCAGUGGUGUCUGCUCUGCAGAGUGCUCCCAUCUUCAGACUCAGCAAAACCUGGGCAUUAAUCAGUCGAAAAGACAAGGCUACAUUUGAGAAGCUAAACUAUCUGACAUCCAAGGAAGAGAACUACACCCGCAUGAGAGAAUACAUCCGUUCCCUGAAGAUGGUGCCCUGCAUUCCUUAUCUUGGGAUCUACCUGUUGGACAUGAUCUACAUUGACUCAGCCUAUCCUGCAUCGGAUAGUAUCAUAGAGACGGAGCAGCGGACCAAUCAGAUGAAUAACCUUCUGAGAGUCAUCUCCGACCUGCAGAUGUCAUGUAACUAUGAUCACUUGGUGACUUUGCCACAUGUCCAGAAGUAUCUGUUGUCAGUUCGCUACAUUGAGGAACUCCAGAAAUUUGUAGAGGACGACAACUUCAAGUUGUCUCUGAAGAUUGAACCCGGCAGCAGUUCUCCUCGCAUCGCUUCUUCUAAAGAAGACCUGGCAGGUCUGUCUGACGUAUCUGUCUCUAUGAGGUAUAACCGACGGCCUACCUGCCCUGACGCCUCCGUAGGGGUUCAUAUUUCCACGCCCCCUCCCUCCCACCACAGAAAGAGCCAUAGUCUGGGAAACAAUAUGAUGUGUCAGUACGGCAUGUCGGAGAGCAGGAGUGCUACUUUCCCCAUAGAGAAAGCACGACACCUGCUGGAUGACAGCUUCUUAGAAUCUCAGAGUCCAGCCAGAAAUGACCCACACAGUACAUCUGUGUCCAAUGGCCUGUCACUAGGCAGCAGUGAGAGCUCAUUUGGGGAGGAGCUGUCACCUGGAAUGGAGAGGGGCCGUAUGUACGCCACACUGGGCCCCAACUGGAGGGUCCCGCUUCGCAACUCUCCCAGGACCCGCAGCUACAUUUACAGCUCCACUGCUACCAACUCAUGCUAUGGAUGCAGCGAUUCUGGCAGUGUAACCAUUGAAGGACCCCUGCGAAGGAAAACAAUGCUGAAGGAGGGACGAAAGCCCAAAUUAUCAUCAUGGACCAGGUUUUGGAUCACUUUGUCUGGAUCAACACUGACAUUCUAUGGGGCAAAAGCACUGAGAGCCUCUGAGAGGAAACAUUACAAGUCAAGCCCCUGUAAGAAAGUAUGUGUGACAGGAUGGAUGGUGGUGCUGCCGGAUGACCCAGCCAGACCCAACAUUUUCCACCUCAAUGACCCAGACAAAGGCAAUGUUUACAAGUUCCAGACUGGAUCCAGGUUUUCAGCUAUCAUCUGGCACAAAAACCUGGAAGAAGCUUGUAGGAGCAGUAGACCUCAGAUACCAGCAAACCUCAUGUCAUUUGAAUGAGAGCAGACUUUACCCAGCAGGACAUUACUGUGCCAAACCCAUAUGUUUGGGAGUUAUAGACUCAAUGAUCAAACGCAGAGGAACUGAUGGUAUCUAUGGGAGAGACAAGAAGCAUCUGACACUGGAGAAGAAGCUCUGUGACACUGGACAUGUGGCUGUAAUGCCCAUACACCUGCUAUUUUCUUUACCAGGACUAAAUAUAAUGUGAGUUGUGGGAGAAUCCAUUCAAAGGAAGACUUUUCUGAGGUUGGUUUCUAUCUCUAAGCUUCCAUUUUCUCUGUCAUUUGUUAUGCUGCUAUACUGUAAACAUGUGGGAAAACACAUAGAUUUUUGGCCCAUGUUGGGUUUCUGAGUGGGUGAAAAGAAUUGUCAGUGCACAAAUGUGGAUGACAGUGUUAACUGACUGAUGGCUGAUGCUGAUCUUCGUUUCACAGACUAGCAUUGUACAGCUGUCUAACGGAGCUCAAGUUUUCAGCAUGGAGAGCUGUUGCUCAAGUGAAAAAUCUACAUUAAAAGAGCGAAACUGCUAUAGCUAGGCAAAGAAAAUAGUAUGGCUGCUUAUUUUGUUGUCAAAUAGGGUGAAAGAUCAGCAUUUCAACAUUGUACUGAGGAGAAAAGUAGCAGUGUGCGUCCCCCACUCAUGAACUCAGAUCUGUUUGGUGCCUUGAGCAUAAAAAACAGGAUCUUGUCUCAAGGCUUCAUUAUUAGAAAGUUCUGCACUGCAUUGAAAAGAACAGACAAUGAGGCUUCAUGACCUUCAGCUCAGUGACAAAUAAUAAAUAAAUAUAAAAUUUGUUCAUUAUAGUCGAUUUAUGAGCUGGUAUGAAACUGGAAACGAUACUUAACAAGGUGAAAAUUACAGUGCAAAGGCCACCCAGCUGUUGUCUAUACAAAGGUAGCUGAUCAUGUGAACUUAGAACAAUUUACAAUGAAGUACCAAUUUUUCUGCAAUUAUGUAUGUGUAUAUACUAUAUUUAUUUGUAAAAUAAUUAUAAUAAUAAUAGUAAUAAUAAUAACAAUAAUAAUUCUUGACAAUUGGCUAUCAAUGAAAAAAAUGGUAUAAUGGAGUGUCACUGAUACUCCAUUAUACAUCACUUGCUGCAGAAAGUUGCUGCUCAGUGAUACUCUUGGUGGGAAGCCACCCUAAAACUUGUACUGACUCCUGAAGAACAAUGCGAUAAGGUAAGAGUGUACUGGCAUUGGUACAGGCAAAUAAUCUGCUUCUAAUGCAACUAUUUAUUAUUAUUAUUGUUGUUGUUAUCAUUAUUAUUAUUAAGGAUGAUUCUGCUUUGUUACAGUCUGGAUUGAACACUAUUUUCUUCAUUCUCAUUUUCACUGACUUCUGUUUCACUUUUAUCCAUGGUGGAUUAUCGAUUAUGGCUGAAAGACUGAGAUUGCAGUUACAAGAGUCAAAAUCAGUAUUUUUGCAGGGUGACUGGGCUCUCCCAAGAGAUAUGAAUGUGGCAUCAUUAAGACUGGGUUGCUCUAGUUAGGUAUUAGACUGUUUCAUGUACUGACCUACAAAGUAUGUCGAUCCUGUAAGACAUUUGUUAAUUAAAGAAACAGGGAAAGUUACAGAAAUAAUGUGUAACAAAUUCAAGUUCAGUGCUUACUGGAGUAUCCUCAAGCAUUUAUGCUUAUGUGAAAAUAUUACUUGGCAAAAAUGACAAUCCCUGCCUUCGCCCAAGUCAGCUGGGAUAGGCUCCAGCACCCCCCGCGACCCUAGUGAGGAUAAAGCGGAGUAUAGAGAAUGGAUGGAUGACAAAUGACAAUCAUGCCCAAUGGUGGGACUGCAGGCCAGAAGAACUUCUCGCUGAAAUAGCCUUUUCAAUUCUCCACACAAUUAUUUCUCCCAGUUUUCAUGCAACCAUGUGCCACACCUGGAAUGUCAUAGAGGAAAAAUUGUUCAAAAGUGUCUACCAUUAUUAAACCCAUUUUACAAUUUAUGUCACCCGUAUCCAGAACAGUUGACUUGUUACCCCUUCCUUUCAGUGAGGUACUCCAGAACACAUAUAAAGACUUAUGCUUUGAAAUCGUUCAUUUUGCAUGAAUACGUUUCUGCCAAGUCAGGCCUUGAUGAACUCAGUAUCAUGGUACCUCCUGGAGGUCUCCUUGUGGAGCAUUUUGAGCCAUUAUCAGCUAGAAAAAGGUCUGACUCAGGACACACUGGAGGGAAUACUGAAACAUUUUUUGAGAAUAAUUGGAAAACACAUUUAGGAUAAACAUAUAUAUAUAUAUAUAUAUAUAUAUAUAUGUCUGGAUGACCAACAGAAAAUGGACGGUUAGGAGCAUGACUACUAAAAAGAAGUCUGGCAGUCAACACUACGAGCAUUGAGACAAUCAGAAAGGUUGAAACACAUUUUCAGAUCAUUCUAAAAUAAUAAAAUGAAUUAAUAGAAGACAGAACAACGGUAUGUUUGUAACCCAAACUGUCUUAGGCCCAUCUCUAAGAGGAAUGCAAUGCAAAUCUGGUACAUUACUUUUCAGAUAAAGAAAAAAUCCAAAGAGGCUGAUUAACCAUUGCUCAAGAAAUACCAGUGGCGCUCGAGAACUAGUGUGUGCAGAGCAACAUGUGAUGCAGGAACAAAAAACAGCAGUUAAUAUGGCUUGCCAUGAGUGAUGACUCUGUGCUGUUGGUAUAGCUAUCUUGACUUCUUCCUAACUUAGCAUAUGUUGUUUUUAACCUGUCAAAUCAUCUGAGUGCACCUUUACUGGCUCAGAUUUUGUGGUAGAGAAGAUCCAUGUUCACAGAUGUCUUUUUAAAUUUAGAAUUAGUGUCAUCAUAAAUUAUAUAAAUAUAGACUGAGAUUAUGAAAAUACUAUCCAAGUUGUGGUAACCCAGAAUUAUCCUUGAGGAGUUAUACAUUUACUAAUAAAAAUCAUAUUUCUAGUGUCCCUGUUCUCAUUGUAACUGUCAGUCAGACAUGGUAUAAACCAAAAGAGUGGAAAAAGAUAUUGUAAAACAGGAAAUGAAAUCAUCACACAAGUAAUCUCAUCAGUUUAAUGUUCUUUCUCUGUCUUUUUCAGAACUUGCUUAGUUAUUGUCCUACUCUCAGUUUUAAGUGCAGUUCCUGCAAUACGGUGGUCCAUCUCCAGAUGGAUGCAGCCAGAAAGGCCCUCUUGAAUUUUUAGAGGAUCAUUUCAGUGAUGAUGUCUUUUUCAGCCCAUUUACCACAAAUCACAUCUACCUUACAUCAUAACAAAUCAUUCUGCAAAUCAUACCGCUGUAUUUUGGAACAGGCAUUUACUGUUGGUAUCAGUCCAACCAUUCACUGUGUCAACUUGUGGCGACUUAGCACAUGCUAACAUGACAGCAUACAAAAAUAAAAAGGCGAACAUGGUAAUUAUUGUGGCUGCUUCACACAUGGGUGUUUUAUGGAGAGCUGGUUACAAGACUAGAGAUGGUGCCAUUUGCUCUAAAAAUGUAUAUCUCAGUCAGGCUGUACAUCACAUCAAAAGUUAUACAUUCUAAAGUCAGAUUGUUUAAUGUUUACUAAAGUUUCUAUAUAAUUUUACUUUUUUUUCUCUGACCAAGAUGCUCUCCAACAAUACGUAAUUUUUCAUUGACCAUAAAAUGUCCACUCCUACUAAUCACCUCUGGAUUACAAAGCCAGUGUUUUUAAUAGGUAGUAUUGUACUCCUUUCUCUGUAUGAGUCAGCUGAACAAGCAGCGAUUGACAUAGUUGAAUCAUGUUUUUUAACACAGAUAUUUUGCUGUCAUGUCAGUCUGCUGUUGCACAGUAUAUUGACCUUCAUUGUGUAUUUUCUGAAGAGUGACACUUAAGCAGGACUGAAGAAUUCAGUCAAUAUCAUUAUCAUUGUUUCAUGUCUUGUUUCAUCUCUUGACCAGAGUCAGAUGGAGAAUCCACUUUACAUCUUGAAAAUAUUAAGCUGGUGACAUCUAUGAAUGUGCUGGAAUUGUAUUGAUUAUAAAUGAAAUGGCAAGAAACCCAAUGCAACAAAAAUGCACUUGUGAUUGCUGACACACAAGUUUGAAAACCCGUGAUCUUUGAAACAAAACUGAGCACACCUCUGAUUUCCAGUUAGUCCAAUUACAUGGUCAUGGUGGAACACACCGAUUUGGAGUUGCAUCAGUGCAACAGGUGUUGGGUAGACACCAUUUAUAAAUGGCACCAUAAAUGCCUGUGGAUACACUAAAAUACUGACUGACAUGAUGGCUCCCAGUCUGUAGAAUUUUGACAGGAAAGCAAUAUUUUGACAUGACAAUAACUGAAAGCCAGAUACCAAAAUCACACAACUGAACAACGUAAAAACUCUUGACUGACAAGCCAUGUCUCCUGACUUGAGUCCAGUUGAACACCUUUUGGGUAUUUUGAAGAGAAAGUACAGCAACACAAUGCGUCCAGCAAAGUGCAACUGAAAAACUCAGUCCUUGAGGAAUGAUGACAGAAAUUUAUGCGGCACAUCUAUCCUGCAUGCUGGGAAAGAUUGAAUCUGUCAUCAAAAAUAAAGGGGGAUAUAUGAAGUAUUAAAACACAUCAAAGAUUUAGAUCUCUGUAAAGAAACUGGUAGUGACUUUUGUUUCACUGAGUUCCUGCUGUGCAGCCUGUAUUUUUCCUAUAGUGAAUCUAAAUGAUUAGUCUUUAAAGAUUCAUAGGUGGAAAAAAUCCGCUGUUCAACUCUGAAGUAAUGCAAUUACUGUGAGAUACAACUUUUAAUUAUAUGGCAUUAAAAUAUUAUUACAAAGGGGUGUAGUCACUUCUGUUUUAUACUGAAGCUUGGCCAGCAGUCAUCAGAUACUAGAAAUACAGAUAAAUCCAUAUUCAUCUACUGAACCUACUGACUCUGGGGAAGACUGUGAUGUUUCUGAUACACCUGAUGUUCUCCAUAUUUAAGGUUGAAUAAUAGGGCUGACAUUUUUUUUCUGACAAAAGAUCUAAUUAUAAUGUGACAAAUAAUAUGACAUAUUACAAUUCUGUGAAGUACAUUUUUCUCAAAAUGAAGUUUAUUGAUAAAAUAACCAUAAAGCUGCAAAUAUGCCUGACAAAUCAAAUCGUUAUCACAAGUUCAUAUAAAAACCCAGUAUUGUUAUAAAGAAAUCCUACUCAUAGAUGUGCAACAUUGUGGCCAAAAUGACUAAUGAGCCCAGAAAUAUUAAAGAAAGAACUACAAACAGACAUGGUGUGACAUAAUGUAAGAUGGCUCAAGAAUUUCUGUAACUUCUGUAAUUAAUCAUAUGUUGUUACUGUAAAAUCACUUAAGUCUUCAGAAUCUGGACAAAAAGUGAAUGUUUCAGUGAUGGAUCUUUGAAUGAUGGAUCAGAAGAUCAGUUAUUUGAGCAAACUGUGGCUUUAGAUGUCCUCUUUUACAAAUGUUUGUUCACCAACAAAUAUGAAGAAUUAUCCUGUCCUGUUCCAAAAUGCAGCCAAUGUUAGUUCAAAACAUACACUGUAUAUAAAGAUGGAUAAUGGUCACCACUUCCUGCCACUGUACAAGUAAAGACAACACAUGGUGACAAUUGGUGCUUGCAUCUUGUGCUUGUGGUGUCAUCUGCAGCCAAAGUCUGUGCACUACUGACUGGAUUAUUGGAGACCUGGUACCAGGUCCUACCUCCUGUUUUGACCAUAUGUGCACACAGCCCUUGAAGGUUGGUGCUAGAUUGGAUCAGCAGGUGGGAUGCUCUGCUGGGAUUGAUUGUUUUGUUGUUAGGCUUCUGCUGAUGUGCUGAUGUUUCCAUAACCAACCAAACAUAAAUUAGCAACACCGACAAGAUUAAUAUUUUAGUGACUGUGACGAGACAGUAGGUGUGCAUAUCACAGUACUGGCAGUUAAUCAUUCUAGUUGUUUUACUGGUUUUUGUUGUUGUUGUUAUUUUUUUUGUUUUUUACUGUUGUUGUUAAUCUAAUCUUAAUCUAUUUUCGUUGUUCACAGUUUAUUUAUUCAGCACUCCUAAGAAUGACCAAAAUCAUGUGACCCUUUGACUGGAUUUGCAUGGAUGUAAUUGAUUACAGUAACGGCAGUCAGCAUGACUUUCUGAAGUUGCUGGACAACUUAGUGAGCCAUGUGUUUGGACCUGGACCACCUCAUCUGGGGAGCAUUCCCAGAGGAAGCAUCUCAGGCUGAAACUCAUCAGAGCUUUUACAUCUACAACAGAUAUGAUCCUGGUCCUUCAGUAGUAAGUUUAUCUUCAAUUUCCCAGGCUAGUUCUCUACUGUUUCCAGCUUGGUUUUCCCUCAGUCAAGGUUCCACUACUGCCUGUGCUAGCAGAGGUUGCUGAGCUGAACUCUGAACUGUGAUCCAUUGACUGCUUCAUUGAGGAUCCCCUCCAGGAGCACAAGGAGCUGCUUUCCUGGAUUGCAUGUCUAGAUCCUGUGGGGAGCCAGCAGUCCAUGCUCUUUGAUACUUGGAUGCUCCCCCCUCCUCCUGACAUCUCUUGCUAGACUUCAUCCUGCUCCGCUUUUCUGGGAGUCUAUAGUUAGGCUUGCAAGUCUUCAUCACAGUGACACCACACACUAUCUGUGGUGAUGGUCUUCACCCUCUCCGGUGGAGGCCAGCUUCACCCAGUCCGUGGGCUCACAAGCUCCAGUGUCGGGACUUUUGCAAGUUGAAACGUUGUCACUACUGCAGUUGGACUCUAACAAUUUGUUCCAUUCAGUGUUAGCUCAGUUGCCACUUAGGUCUCAGCACAGCCACCUGCAACUCUCUCAGUGCCUCCAUUCAAUAGCAAACAUCAGUUCACAUAGCUAAUCACCCACUAGCACUGAGUCAGCUCACUGGUAAUUGGCCAUAAACUAAGAUUAAAGUUUGGAUUUUAGAAAAGAAAUAGAAAAUGUGCAGUCUGAGAUCUAAAUUGUUAAUGGUGGUCUAUACGGCCACUCUGGAGGCACGAGAACUGAUUUUAUCGAAUUCCAGUUCUCCUUGGUAUCCACCUCUGUGCACAUUGUAAUAGUACAUGCUGGCACCAUUGAUGUCAAGUCAAUCCAUUAAACUCUCUAGCUUCCACAGCUAAAAGUACGUAGAGGAAUUGUGCUUUGUCUGGUCCCACUCCCACAGUGACCUCAGUGUUUUGAAUGCUUUCAUGAGUUUUCAGUUUGCGUUUGUUUGUAGAAAAUUGUAUGGCCACUGAACCUAGUUUCACAAGUUAUUUUGAUUUGUUCGGAUCAAAGAGGGACAUGUUCAAACAUGACAUGACUAGCCAAAGUUAAACUGUAGAUAUCUGAAACUGGAAGUAAUACUAGUCAGAAUUCUAAUAACCACAGUUCAUAUUGCUGACACCACUGCUGCAGAGACUCUGGUAAACAAGUCAUCAGUGCAAGAUGGAAGCACUCAUUUCCAAAAUUUUUUGGGCUUUACUUUUAUUAAGCUCUUGUUUUAUCCAUGUUCGUAAUUUCUUUCAUUAAUGUCAACACCAGAACCAACCAAUCCCACACUGGCAGGGUUGGUUUUUCCAUUCUUAAUUAGUGCAUAUGAUCCAAAAGCAGUGUAUGUCAGCAUUAUUUUGUACAUGAUUGUAUCACAUCACUAUUCCAAUGAAGUAUUUGAACAAGUAUUGGUUUUCUGCUUUAUUUCAGUUGUUUUAUUACUUGUAUUGUGUUUGUCAAAUCUAAACAUAUUUCUGUUUUUAUCCAGUUCUGCUGAGGAUACAUUGAUUGUGUUUUAUGGGACAUUGCAUGUAUUUUGUGUACAAACUUUCUAGUGUUGUAAACUGUGAAAAAAGAUAACCACUGGUUUCUGAUUAUCAGUAUGUGAUUAAGUUAUUUCUUACCAUGGCAUUACUACACAUUGGUGUAUAUUUCAGCUUCAGACACUGAAUUUAAAAUAAAAAUUCUGUGCAGAAAGUA